UUGCUUGGAGCAAAAGAGAUGGGCGCAACUUAUAUGAGACUCUGACAACAAAAUUCGUAUUGCUGAGAAAGUCGUGGAGCGGAAACAAGAAAACACCAACACUGUGAGGAGCCAAGCUGUGAUCUGACUACCAAAAUGGGAGAGAUGCCACCAGCACGGCGGACUGUACGGAUUGGUGUUGACGUUGGAGGAACAAACACGGAUGCCGUCGCAAUCGACUUGAGUCUCCAAAAUACCGCGGACCGCGGGGUCCUGGCACAUUUCAAAACUCCAACGACCCCAGACGCCAGUGCAGGCAUUGAGACCGCCGUAAGCACCGUUCUCGCCGCCGCCGGUCUGACCAACUCGCCAGAACGCAUCGCGAGCGUCACCAUCGGGACAACGCACUUUAUCAACGCAGUAAUUGAGCGCGAUGUUCGUCGCCUGCAGCGCGUCGGCGUCCUCCGACUGAGUAAAUCCUUCCUACGUGAAGUACCUGCUUUCGCCGAAUUUCCUCCGGACCUGGCAGCCGUGAUCCAGUCUUACGUGGGCAUCGUCGACGGCGGAUUACACAUUGACGGCUCGCAGGAGGCGCCGGUAGUGGAAUCUCAGGUCGUUGCUGAGUGCGUCAAGAUUCGCGAGAGUGGCGUCGGCGCCGUUGUUGUGUCUGGUGUAUACUCGCCCAUCGACGAAGUGUUUGGGCAAGAGGAAAAGGUUCGCAACAUCCUUCUCCGCGAAGUCCCUGGCGUGGAUGUCGUGUGCAGCAAAGAGGCUAGUGCGAGCAUCGGCUUCAUUGAGCGAGAGAAUGCCGCCAUCCUGAACGGUGCUAUCCUGCGCUAUGCAAGGAAGACUGUGAGCAGAUUCCGUCUUGCAAUGAAGAGGCUUAAUCUCUCUUGCCCUCUCUUCUUGACUCAGAACGAUGGCACAAUUCUGGACGCAGCGUCUGCGGCAAAGAUUCCGAUUAGGACCUUUUCGAGCGGUCCCACAAACUCGAUGCGCGGCGCGGCAUACCUCGCGGGCCUAGACACCGGCGGUGACAGCUCUGCAAUUGUGGUUGACAUUGGUGGAACUACAUCUGAUGUUGGCGUCCUACUUCCCUCAGGCAUGCCUCGACAAGCAUCGGCCUACGUUACGGUAGCUGGGGUGAGAGUCAACUACUCCAUGCCUCAUCUUCACUCUGUCGGUCUCGGCGGAGGUUCCAUCGUCAGACACGUUGAUGGCAAGGUCAAAGUUGGUCCCGAGUCUGUCGGACUCGAGCUGACCACACGUGCGCUUGUCUUUGGCGGAGACGUUUGCACGACAACAGAUAUUGCAGUCGCAGCUGGCAAAGCAGUCGUAGGUGCAACCGAGCACGCCGAGAGUCUCGACGCCACCUUUGUGGAAGAAGCAAUCCUCCGCAUCAAAGCACUGUUGGAAGGUGCCGUUGACGUUAUCAAGACUUCACCAGACCCCGUCCCGGUACUCCUCGUCGGUGGAGGCGCCAUUCUAUCACCAGAGAGCCUGAAAGGUGCCUCAAAGCUUGUUCGACCGCCGUUCCACGAUGUCGCCAACGCAGUUGGUGCUGCCAUUGCACGUGUCUGCGGCGCUGUUGAUAUCGUGCAGGGUACCACUCACCAGACAGAAGGGCAAGCCAUCGAGAACGCCAAGAAGAUGGCCGUUGAGCGCGCCAUUGCUGCUGGUGCGAUUCCGGAAAGUAUCAAGAUCGCCGAGAUCGAGACGAUGCCGCUACAAUACGUCGCCAACCAGAUCCGAACACUCGUCAAAGCCGUUGGCGACAUUGACCUCCACGCCAAACUGGAAGAGGUGGUCGAGGAGAACGAAGAAGAAGAUGGCGAGGAACAGGUUGAAGCGACCAAAGACUUGACGCGGGCUACCGUAGAAGAAGAGAAGAUUGAUCCAGCUAAGUAUAAGCCAGCCGUUCUUCGAAAUACGAGCGGCAUUUCAGAAUGGCACAUUACCGAAACUGACUUGGAGUACCUUGCCGAUGGCUGUUACGUGCUCGGGUGCGCAGGCGGCGGGAGCCCGGCAGCGUCGAAGAUCCAGCUCCGAAAUAUGCUCAGAGCAGGACACAAGAUGCGUGUUAUCGAGCCAUCCUCGCUGAAGGAUUCAGAUGUCAUCUACUGGGGUGGCCACAUGGGCUCGCCGGCUGUCUCCAUCGAACGACUGCAGUCGAUCGAGACGGUAGAUGCCUUCAAGGGCUUGAUGGAAUACCUUCGCCAUGACAAGUUCGACGCCGUGAUGGGUCUCGAGAUUGGUGGUGCCAACGGCCUCGAACCCUUCCUCAUUGGUUCAUCCCGGUUCUAUGACAGUCCAAUCAUUGACGGCGACUGGAUGGGCAGGGCAUACCCAACAUACUGGCAGACGACGCUGGCCGUGCAUGCUCCGCUAGAGUUGGUUCCGUGUGCGAUAGACUCUGGGGACGGCAAGACAAUCGUCAUGACCAGAGCGCCCAACGAUGAAAUUGUCGACCGUGCUCUGCGCGCUUCAUGCUCCGAGAUGGGUUCGCGCGUAGGCAUGGCAGCCAAGCCGACGACAAGCGACAGGGUCAAGAAAUUCGGCGUUCUCAACACUGUUUCUCUUGCAUGGCGGAUCGGGCGCUGUAUUGCGCUCUGCCAAGUGAUGAACACGAUGAGCACGGUCGCUGAGUCGAUCAUCAAAGAGGCAGGUGGCCUCGAGGCUGCCAAGGUCUUGUUCAGGGGCAAAGUUAUGAAGGUUGAGAGGCGCCUUUUCAAAGGCCACUCAUACGGUGAAGUACAUAUUGCCGCCUUUGAAAGUGGAGAUGAAGAUGAAGCUGCGAACAACAAGGAGAGGGUCGCUGCCGUUGCGCAAGGAGGCACGAUGAAGAUCCCUUUCAAGAACGAGAACAUUUUGGCAGAGCACACUGAUGAGGGCGGCAAGACUAGCAUAGUAGCUGCUGUGCCAGAUCUAAUUUCGAUCUUGGACAAUGAGUCGGGCAGAGCUCUCGGAGUGCCUGAGUUCAAGUAUGGAUAUAGAGUUACAGUCAUUGGCAUUACUUGCUCGCCGCGGUGGACGGAGACGCAAGCUGGUCUGGACAUUGGCGGACCAAGUGCUUUUGGUUACGACAUCGAGUACAAGCCGCUGGGAAAGUAUGUAGAGCCACGAAGUGUGCUGGAAGAAUACUCCAAUUAGGGUCGGGACGGGUACAUGUCAAAGAUAUCGAGAUCGUCUUUAAGCAGACAAAUAGAAUUAGAUUUGUGAGAUUGCGCUUGAACCCGCGCAGUAGGUAAAUAUCUGGACAACACCUCUAAGUGAUGAAAGA